CUCUGACGACUUUUUUUUUUGUUUUGUUUUCGUAUUGUUUUAUUCCACGCAAUGUGCAAACAUCGAACCUGACAUUGGAAGUGUAGAUUUUUAUCAAAAAUUUAAAUUUUUUUUUAAUCGUGAGAAAUGACCGAAAGACAUUAGUGCCAAAAAAACAUUUAUAAGUGAAAAGAUUUUUUUGUUUAGUGUUUUGUGCAAUUUUUUCCUCGUAAUGGCAGCAUCUGUGUAUGCUACACCACCUCCAGAUCAUUUGAGUGGCGAUGAGACAGCACUUAGUGAUGUAUCCAAUUCGUCGCAAAUAAGUAGUCCGUCAAAUUCAAUGAAAACAUUAAAACGAAGUUUGUCAGCCAGCUCUUUAUUGAGUACAUCAUCAGCAAUGGAAGUAUCCGGUGUUGGUGCACCGCCCAGUAUAACCACAUCAUCGCAAAACAGUCCGACUGCACCAAAUAAUGCAACAAUACCGUUUGCAGGUAACAUUAACAUCUCGACACUGCCGUCGAGCAUUGCAAAUACAUUGGACACGUUGACGUCAAGCAACGGCAGUACGGCAAACAGUGAUGGUGGUAUCAAUAUAAAUAGUUUAUCAUCGUUGUUAUUGGAUUCGAUGCCCGAUAAUUCAAAGAAACGACGCAAACAAUCAACACCGAUUCGUAUAUCAGAAACAAAUAAAAAUGCAAUUCUACUAAACGCCAUGGCCGCAAUCGAGGCCAGAAAUGGACAAAUCGGAGCUGAGCAAAAGAUCAUUGAUGGUGCAGACGGUGAUGAUGAUUUAACACCAUCGUCGACAACAUCACUUUCCACAGUAAUGCCACGAAUUUAUCUAUCGAAUUUGAGCCAAUUGCAAGAGAAAUCAAUUGCAGCAAUGAACUUCAAAACUGACAGCGAAAUAGGAAACAGUGCACAAAAAGAGAAUGGCCAAGAACAAGAUAAUGUGAAAAAAUUGAGUGAAAGUCAUGAACAAUUUUUAAAAUCAUUUGUAAACAAUUUGAAUUGUGAUCAGUGUGGAUUGAAAUUGAAUUCAGAGAUUCAACUUGGAUUGCAUAUUUUGCAAGAGCAUGCACCGAAAAAUCUCGGUAAAGUUGGCGACACAAAAUCGCCCGAAGAUGAAAUACCGAAGAUUUUUGUAAAAAAAGAAAUUGGUGGCGGCAACAGUUAUAAUAAUGACGACGAGAAAGAGAAAUUCAUGCAAAUGGCAUCGAAUGGACAAUUAAAACCGGAAGAUUGGCUUACAUCAUUAUCGAAUUUACCAUUUGCAUUUCCACCCGAAGCAGCUGUUAUGCUGUCCGGUUAUAUGCCACAAUUACCAUUGCUCGGUGUUCCGAAUAAUCCAUUCGCAACGGCUGACGGUUUGCCACGAUCAGUCGGACCACAAUUGCGUAUUUUCAAUCCCGAAGCAUAUUGCGAUCUGUGCAACAAGGAAUUUUGCAACAAAUACUUCCUGAAAACGCACAAAGCAAACAAGCACAAUAUUUAUGAAUCGGCCACAUCAAGCGCUGACACACCGACCACAAGUCAACUAAAUCAAAUGUCACAAGUCUUUCAAAUGCAUCAACAACAAAUGGUCGCUCAACAGCAAUUGGUAUCGCCAAAAUCACCGCCACAAUUAAUUCAGCAACCACAACAAUCGUCAACAUCAUCACAACGUCAAUCGCCAUCAAUAUGCGGUGCAUCACAAUCGGCUGCGCCGGAAAAUACAGUCAUGUGCGAUAUUUGCUUUAAGCGUUAUCCAAAUGUAUCGGCAAUGCGACGUCAUCGCUCCAAAACGCAUGAAAUUCCACCGUCAAUCGAACCGAAUAGCGAUGCAAAAAUGUCAACAAACACAUCCAGCGCCGCAUCAACGCCAAUCACAAUGCCAGAAGGUUUUCGUGAAGAUUAUUCCAUUGAACAAGAAGAUACCACAUUUACGCCGCAACCACGAAAACUCUCACCACAAUCCAUUCUACAAGCACGCGAAGCAAAUUUCUCGUACGACAAACUAAAGCGGCUCGGUGUCACCAAUCCCGAAUCAUUUUGCGAAAUUUGUUGCAAAGAAUAUUGCAAUAAAUACUUUUUGCGUACGCAUAAAAUGAAGCGUCAUGGAAUUAUCAUGCCACUCGACGAUACAAUUUUGAAAGACGGCCGAUUGAUGGCAAACGCAGCCGCUGCCGCUGCUAGUGCAUGGCAAUUAAUGCAAAAUGCACCGCUUAAUCUAAUCAUGAACAAUGCCGAAGCAUUCAGUCAACUACACAAUCAACGGAAAAAACUUGAAGCCGGCGAAGUUCGUAAACUCUCCAUUGAAAGUAUGGACGACGAUGAGCUGGAGCAGCCAAACAAAAAGCGUAAAUUGAAUGAAAAUGAUAAAAAACAAAUGGAUGAAACUGACGAUGGUGACGAUGCUGAAAAUAAAUCAACAGAUAAUCAACAAGACAGUGAAAAUAUAAGCGUUGAUUUGCAAAAGCUACAAAGUAUGAUUAUGCAGUUGAACGAUUUGAAUGCUCAGCGACCGGUUAUGUGUGGAAUUUGCGGUAAAGAGCAAGAAAAUCAAUUUGUCCUGCACACACACAUGUUGGCCGAACACACAAACAUUGGCGAUAACAACAACGGUCUGAAAACGUCACCGAGCACAUCACCAGUCAUCAAUCAAGCUACAAGUGAAACGUGUAAACAUUGUGACAAAGAGCUGCCAAAUGCGUUCGCAUUGAAUCAACACUUAUUUGAGAUACAUGGCAUUUCACCGACAAGUCCCGUUCGAGAUGGGUUUGUAACGCCCGAACGACCAAUUUCUGGUCUGAGUUUACCACCGCAAGCACCCAACGCCCAAAUUACCGACCGUCGACCAUACACAAUCACACCGACCAGCAGCUAUUGCGAGAUUUGCAAUAAAGAAUUGUGUAACAAGUAUUUCAUGAAAACACACAUGCAACGAAUGCACGGCAUUGAAAUUGAAAAUGGAAGUCAAAUUGGCGGUGUCGUUUGUAAUAUUUGUAACAAAGAGCUAUGCAGUAAAUACUUUUUGCGUGUGCACAAACACAACACACACGGUAUUGUUGAUGAUGGAUCACCGUUGCCGCAACCACGUCAAAAUGGUGAACAAAUUGAACCGGACACAUCGUCAAUGUUCUCAUCAUCAGUGGAUUCCGCGUUGCGAUCCGGUGAGAUUACAAACGAUUUGAAUAAUCGAUAUUUUGCGCAUUGUGUAUGUCCAUUGUGUAAUCGCCGAUUCCGCGAUGUAAAAUAUUUGAAACCGCAUCUUUUAAACGAUCAUGGCAAAGCUGGUAUCGAUAAAUUCCGUGAAAUUGAACAACAACUACCAAAAACAUCGAACAGUCCGCCAAUUAAAAUUCCAAAUGGUGUCACAUUUCCCGGUUUAAAUCCAACCGACCCGAAUUUCAUGCAAAAACAAGCACUCAACAGUUUAUUUGCCGUUGACAGUGAAUCACAAGGUUCGAAAGCCAAAGAAUAUCAAUGCUCAUUUUGCUCAUUUUCCACACCAUCGUAUGCAUUUCUCUACAUUCACAAGCGUUCAUUGCACGCAGCACUAAUGCCCAAUGAAGCGUUGGCCGGUUUAAAUAUUCCGAACAAUGAUAAUAAUGAGCUGUCUGAAUCGGCUGUUUCGAUUGCAAAAGAUCAACAAACAAUGGGUCUGAAGUCUUCGUCGAAUGAAACAACUUCGGUUGGCAAUACACCAAUCUCAACUCCAGCCACAACACCAAUACCGAUUCAGCUGCCAGCCAUCGAAGCACAAAACAUUUCUUCUUUAAUUCACAAAGAAAAUCAAAUUGUGAAUGAUGUGGAAAUGUUAUUGAAAGGUGCCACACAAGAGCAAAAAAUCAACGACGAACAACAACAACAGCAGCAACAACGUCAGGAUCAAUUCGAGGCUCAAAAUAUUCUCGCCGAAAUGGCAAAUUUUACAAAACGACCCACAACCUAUGCCAUACCACAGGAAUUCAGCAACGGCAUGUUUAUGCAAUCAUUUCUCUUGGAACCCAUUGACAAUGACGAUGUAAAUGGAGCCGAUACAACCGGCACUGGCAACACAAAAACAAGGUUCGUACCAUCUGUUGUAUUCUUACCGGUCAGAGAACGUGUAGUUGGCAGAACUACUGUUUCAUUCUCCUUAACACCAGCUUAAACUUAAGAACAAAAUAUUGAAAGUUCAUAUUUGCCAAAUUGAUGAAAAACAAAUGAAAAUUAAACAUGAAUUUAAACCUAAAAAAGCGCGCAUUUUCAUACAAGGAGAAUGAAACAAGCGGCGAAAGAUGAAAAACAUUUAACAGAAAAUUGUAUUUUUAGCUACUUAUCGAUAAAAGUAAUCAUAUAAAAUGCUACUUAAAGAAUAUACAUUUUAAAUAACAAAAAAAACAUAAUAAUUUAUAAUACCACUAAACUAUCCUCAUUUCUAGUUAUUGUGCAAUGCUAGUCAAAUUUAAUUAUUUACUUAUUGUCUGAUCAAAGAAAGUAAAACAAAAGAAU